AUGAAAUUUUAUAACUUUGUUAACAAACAAGUUUUGUUUAAAAUUUUCAUUUACGUGAUACUCUUUGCUGCCGUUAUUCUGCUCUUCCUUGAUAACAGCCAGAGACUAAUCUGGAUGAAGAUGUACGAACACAAUGUCAGUUUUGAGCAGACAGCAAAUUUAAAUCUUCACAACGAGGAAACAUCUUAUUAUUGUCGCACAGAAGGUGAUCAGAGAUUAAAAAAUUUAUCAGAUGAUAAUUGUAUUAUGAAAUAUCCAAAUGUACAUAUGCUGAAACCUGAUUUGACCGGCAGUUUUUUAGAAAGAAUUAAACAAUAUAAUAAAUACAUUUCAGAAUAUCGAAAAAACAAUCUAUCACACAAAUAUUCCGAACCUUGGAAAGAUGUUGACCCACUUAACAACUUGACCGAAGUUUGGGGCAAAGAUGAUAAUUUCGUUAAUAAAUUACCUCUAGUGCCUAACGUGAACGUAAUUGUCUUACCUUGGAUAAAACAUAAAUUUGAGCUUGAAAUGGUGAAUGUCUUGUACCCUCACUAUUAUAAAUGGACCGCAUCGGAUCCGUUCUGCCAAUGGAUCGAAACCGAAGUUGAUAAGCUAAGCUACUGGCCAAAUAACGGACGAUCAUAUCCAAGUUACUUUCACAGUCACCCACCUGCUUAUGUUCUUUAUUUAACAAUUCUGCAAGAUGCUGUCAUAACUCCAGUUGGAGAUGUUAUCACUGGAUCUCACAUGAUAAUUCCAUUCACGUGUAGUCAUAUAACAAAUCCAAGCAUACCGCAAAAAUCCGCUAUAUUUAAAGAAGUUUUUAUCAUAACUCAGUUUUGGGGAACUUCUUAUUUUCACAAAAUGUUUGAAGAUAUGUCAAGAUUAGCCCCAUACAAACAAUUUCUGCAAGAAAAUAACCAAAUUAUGAUUCACGCCCCUGAACAAAAAGGACAGGUCUCAGAGAUGUUGGCUAGUUUUGGAAUAAAUUCUGAGAGAAUUAUAACAGGUGAUGUCAGGGCAAAAAUUGUCUACCUACCACAGGCUACUCCGUGUGGUUUCCCGCAAGUCCAAGGUUUUCAGUUGCUAUCACAUUAUUUAAAGUUGUCAUUAAAUAAGAAGAAUAAUAACAUUACUGUUGGCUCCGACUAUGUAAAUAAAACAUUUAUUGGUAGUAACAGAAAAAACGCUGAACUAAGGAAGAUACUAGUUUUGAUAAAACGAUCUGGACUGCGACAUUUUCGUCAGCAAAAUGAAAUAGAAAAUGCUGUUAAAACAUUUUGCAAUCAAAAUAAUUUAACGUUUGUUCUGUUUGAUGACAAUCCAGUUCCAUCGUUACCCGAGACAAUGUCCAUCUUUCAUUCGUCAUCAUUUGUGGUGGCUCCACACGGAGCUGGCUUGGCGAACGUCAUGUUCUGCAAGCAGGGAAGCAUCAUCAUUGAAGGGGUGUGCAACCCUCCACACGUUAAUAUGUGCUACCAAUUCGUUUCUCACGUGUUGGGUAUGAGGUACCACGCUAUUCCAUCCAAGUCUGGCUGUGAGGGCUUCAUCGACAUCGAUCCCGGUUCGAUUAUUCGUGUUUUAGAAGUCAUCAUCAGUUCUAACGUUUCGUCGUGGUACCAGUGGCAGUGA